AUGUCUGAAUUAUCUCAAGCAUCCAAAAUUAUAACAAAUAGUGCACUUAGAGAAGAAGAAAAGAAUCAAUGUAGAGACUACUUAAAGUCUGACCAUGAUGAAGCACCUUUUAUCAUUAUCAAACAAGUCAUUUUGUUGUUUAAUGAGUUUCAAAUAAUCAACGAUUGUACAGAAAAGGAAGAUUUCCUUGCCAUGCUCAAGGUACUACUUGACUCACCAAAGGACUUUUGUUCAACUACUUUAUAA